CCAGAUUGCGAGAAGCAGCCCUUGAAGUUUUCUUCUCUCCUUCAUUAUUUAUCUGGUUAACCUCAAAUCAUUUUUUUUCCACUGUGAUUUCUUUUCUCCUUUUUGUUUAAUCAACCUUUCAUUCUCUCUUUCUCUCUGAUUCUGGCCUAUUUAGGGUUUAAUGGAUUUUGCAUUCUUUUUUAGAUUUUUUUUUGAGUAAGCCGAGAAGUAUGCCAUGUGAAAUUUCCGUCUGCGCCUUUGAUUAAUGAAAGAAGGUGGUUGGCUAUAUAUAUUGAGAAGAGUUAUUUCUUAGAAGAUUUUGUGCCGUUGCAUAUUGGGAUGUAUAUGUGGAUUGAUCUCUCGACGAAGUUAGCGCUUUUGUUUACAAACUCACUGCCAUAACCCAUAACUAUUGAUCUUAUUCUCACGGUUGAGAAAGCGCAAUUGAUGGAGAUGACAUCAUCAGAAAAUUCACAAGCCUCAUCAUUUUCUUCCAAUGCUGUCGAUCAACACCAAGAAAAUCUGGAUCAACAGAUCUUAAAUCAUGGUGAUGCUGAAAGGAAGCAUGAGAUCAGUGUUGAAGAAGUUAGAUCCAUACUGGAAGUAAUUGCAGCAACAGGAAAGUUUUGGCAUGAUUGGGAUGUGUUAAAAAACUUGUUAUCCUUUCAGUUGAAGCAGUUAUUCGAAUUCUUAGUUUCAAUUUUCAAAUUGAUGAUAAAGGUCCUAGCAGAGUAUCCUGAAGCAGAGAUGUCUACUGAUCAACAGAAUUCUUCAUUAGGAGAAACAUACAUAGAGUUGGUAAAAAGGCUGGAUGAAGCUCUUCUUAGCUUUGUAGAAGGUCCUCCAUUUACCCUUCAGAGACUCUGUGAGAUUCUCCUGGCUGCAAGAAGUAUAUAUCCGAACCUCUCGAAACUUGCUCUAGCUUUAGAAAAGAAUUUACUGGUGACCUCAACUCUAUCAAUUUCUACCGAUCCAUAUCCAUCAACGAUUACACAAAAAUCUGAAGAACCUGAAGGAGGAAUCGAAGGGAGCCAACCGCAUUCCAACCAAAUCCAAAAUGGGGUUCAAGUUAUGGUAGGUAGUGAGGAUGAAGAAAUGGCAGAGGCUGAGGAGGCUGAUGAAGAUAAUAAGAACACUGACGUGGAGCCAGCAGAAGAGAUGAUCCAAGGAACAUCUGAAAACAGUAGUGAGCCAAACACUGAAUCUGAGCCAACUAGCGAGUCUUCAAUGCCGCCAAGUGGACAUCUCGACUCUACGAGCUCCUAGACAUUCAUUUUCCCAUUUUCAGGCAAGAUGGAAUAGCCCAGGCUAUAUUUCUCUAGAGCCAUGGGUUGGCCCGUGUGGCGUGAUAAUGGGUUUGUUCAGUCAGAAAACUUGGAACUGCUAGGGAUGAUGGGCUCUUCCACAAUAGCCAAUUCUAUAUUUAUACCGAGAAAGAAUCAAUUGAGCCCUUGGCAUCAGUAGCAUAAUAUCGCAGAAGGCGAAAGAAUAUGCAUCGCGUUCUCAUUGACAUUUGGUGAGGUUUACAUUUAAGCUCAAAAUAGUCACCUCAACAAACAAACCCUAGGUUGUGUUAAUCUUUUCCUAAACCGGGACUGUUUUUAGACUAGUGAUAAAAAGAAGCGUUAUUCAAAGUUGAAUUCAGGUGGGAUUGGACUAGAGAGAUGUAGGCCAUUGAAUAGUUUUUUUUUAAUCGGAAUUACUCUUCGUUUCACUAUUCUAAUAAGAAAGGGGGAGUUGUAAUUCAUUUUUCAGUUAGUUAAAGUGUGAAAUACCGUCAAAGAUUGUGAGCGCUGCACCCGAAGCUAUUCUGACUUCUGAGUAUUAGCACCUGUUCAAAUUUCAUUUGAAUGCUUAUCCUACUGUUGUUUAUCA